UUUCAAUUCAAUCUCUACCCAAAUUUGUUCAACAUAAAUUCACACAUGAAUUGAUUUUGAUUUUGAAUUCGACUCAAAUUUGGUUGAUAUAAAUUCAAGCAAGAAUUGAUUUUGAUUUUGAACUUGAGCUCUGCCCAAAUUUGAUUAACAUAAACACACGCAAGAAUUGAUUUUGAUUCUGAAUUCGAGCUCUGCCCAAGACUGUUAAUCUGAAACAGGAAAUUUUAGAUUUCAGAGAGAUUACCAGCAAAGUAGAGAAGAGAAGACAUGGAGGAUGAUUACAGCAGAGCAUCAAGAAGAAGAAGUAAUCCCAAUUCACACUACACAUCAAGAGACCAUUCAAGAGCUGGGAGCAGGACUCGAACUCCAGCGAGGUCACCGGUUCGACGCCCAGCAUCGGCCCUGCGAUAUCUGGCAUGGGAGGGAGGUGGGUCCUCUGUAUAUGAUCCGCCCAGCCUUGGAUUUGCUCUGAGCCCCUGGGCAGGCGGAUCAAGUUGGCAGGCUCCACCAAGGCCAACGGCAUAUGACUUCUACAUAGGGGGCUUCCAGGACAUCAGAACAGGGCAUGAUUUCAGUCACAGAUUGGGGCCUAACAGCAGAACACCUGGAACAUCUAUUCAAGGCAGCCCUUUCAGAUCUCGACCUCAAACGCCCAAUUCUCAUCGUUCUGGAACAUCUUUUCAAUCGAGUCCGAGGAAAGUGAAGAAAGAUUUGGAGCUGCAGAGCCUCGUUUCAGAGGAUCAAUUGAGCAUGACCAAUGAAUUUUCUUUCAUGCCCACAAUUGAAGAAAUUAGUGGCUCGGUGAGUGGUAAUAAAUCGGGAUUUGAGGGAAGAGAUUCGUCUUUCUAUGACGUCCAAUCCUCUUCGGGUUCAUCUGAGUUUUUGGAUGAAGAACACUAUGCUGAGAAGCCCAAAACAGUUGGGAUGUUGGGAAUGUUUGUUCAUGCGAGUGGUUGGGAGAAGAUUUUGAUGGUUUUGGGCUCGCUUGGAGCUUUUGUCAAUGGCGGCGCGCUUCCUUGGUAUUCGCUUCUUUUUGGUAGAAUUGUCAACACCAUUGGCCACCGUGAUACUUCUGGCCUGCUUGAUGAAGUUCGAAAGGUAUCGCUGUAUAUGACUGGACUCUCAAUUAUGGUAGUAAUCGGCGCAUAUUUACAAAUAGCAUGCUGGACUAUAGCAGGAGAAAAAAUGGCUCACAGAAUUAGAACAAAAUAUUUGAGGGCUGUGCUCAGACAAGAUAUAGAAUUUUUUGACACUGGUAUUGAGACUGGAGAUAUCAUGCAUGGCCUCUCCACUGACGUUACUCAAAUACAGGAAGCAACCGGUGUAAAGAUGGGGCAUUUUAUCUAUCAUUGUUGCACCUUCAUUUCUGGCUACACUGUUGGCCUUCUCAAGUCAUGGCAGAUAGGCUUAGUGGUUUUGGCAAUGACACCCCUUAUGAUGAUUUCAGGAAUUGCCUUCAAAGCAGUGCACAUUGGUCUGGCCACAAAAGAAGAAGCAUCAUAUAGGGGAGCAGGAAAUAUUGCUGAGCAGGCUAUUAGCUCCAUAAGAACAGUGUUCUCAUUUGUUGCAGAAGAUCGUCUUGUUGCACAAUACUCAGAGUUACUCGCAAAAUCAAUUCCCUUCGGUUUAAAACUAGGCUUUGCUAAAGGCUUUGGUCUUGGGAUAAUCUAUUUGAUUUCAUACUCCACAUGGGCAGUGGCGUUUUUCUACGGUUCCAUUCUCGUUUCUAACAAAAAAAUCACCCCUGGUGAUGCCAUUGCCUGUUUCUUUGGAGUAAAUGUAGGCAGCAGGGGUCUAGCAAUGGCUUUAGCAUACUUUGCUCAAUUUGCCCAGGGAUCGAUAGCUGCCAGCAGAGUCUUCCAUGUUAUAGAACAAGUUCCUUAUAUUGACAUUGAUGAUAGAGAAGGCACCGUCCUAACUAAAGUGCAAGGAAGGAUCGAGUUCAAGAAAGUUUAUUUUGCUUAUCCUGCAAGACCUGACGCUACAAUUCUUAGAUCAUUUAACCUUGAUGUUCCACGCGGUAAAACACUUGCACUUGUAGGUCCAAGUGGUUCUGGAAAAUCCACAGUCUUCUCUUUGAUUGAGAGAUUUUAUGAUCCUCAGGCAGGUUAUGUUCUGUUUGAUGGGGUGGAUAUCAAAGAACUUCAAUUGAGGUGGCUAAGGAAGCAGAUAGGAAUGGUUGGGCAGGAGCCUGUCCUGUUUGCAACAACAAUUCUCGAAAAUAUUUUAUACGGGAGAGAAGAUGCCACUUUGAAUGAUGUGACUGAUGCAACCAUUGCUGCUAAUGUUCACAGUUUUAUUUCAAGCCUCCCUGAAGGAUACAGCACUCAGGUUGGGGACCAAGCGCAGCUGUCCGGUGGCCAAAAGCAGAGAAUCGCCAUUGCCCGUGCUAUUCUGAAAAACCCAAAUAUUCUCCUGCUUGAUGAGGCUACAAGUGCUUUGGAUUCAGAGUCCGAAACAAUUGUCCAAGAAGCACUGGAUCGCCUUUCUGUUGGCCGAACUACUCUUGUAAUUGCUCAUCGCUUAUCUACAGUCAGGAAUGCCAAUACAAUUGCUGUGAUGGAGCAGGGGGUAGUAACAGAAAAAGGGACUCACAAUGAGCUUAUGAAAAAACAAGGAUCUUACUUCUCUCUGGUAACCAUGGCUGCAUCCCAGAAACCCCAGCAAGAUCCAAGCAAGUCUCCCAACUCUGCAAUGUCUCCUUAUAAUAAUUUUGAACCAUCCUUAAAUAGCUAUUCUUCACCCAAUCCAUUCUCCAAGCCAUUCCAGAAAGAAUUUGGACAGCAGGAAGAAUUGAAGCCUAAACCUGUUCCACUGUCACGGAUCAAGAACAUGCAGAAACCUGAAUUCGCUGUGUUGUUCAUUGGAUUGUUCCAUGCAUUGCACGCUGGAGCAAUCAUAUCUAUUUUCCCAUUAAUUUUGGGGCAGGCAUUACAAGUUUAUUUUGAUAAUGAUCCAAAAAAGAUGAGGACUAAGGUAAGCUAUCUAUGCUUAGCUUUGGUGGGCCUCGGAAUAGGCUGCAUUAUCUCUAUGACAGGACAGCAUGGAUUCUGCAACUGGGCAGGGACCAAAUUGACAGCAAGGGUAAGAGAGAGGUUGUUCCAGUCCAUACUGAAACAGGAGGUUGCAUGGUUUGAUCAAGAGGAGAAUGGAAGAGGGGUCCUCAUGAGCCGUCUAUCUGCAGACUGCACUAUUCUUAGAGCAGUGCUUGGGGACCGUUUUUCAGUUCUGCUGAUGGGUGUAAGUUCCACUGCAACAGCUCUUAUCAUCUGCAUGGCCUUGAACUGGAAGCUAACCCUGCUAGCCAUAGCAUUAACUCCAUUUUUUCUAGGAGCAAGCUACUUCAGCCUAAUGCUAACACUUGGGUCCAAAGAUAAGACAGAUGGGUAUGCCAGAGCCAGCACUAUUGCUGCAGGAGCUGUAUCCAAUGCCAGAACAGUUGCCACCUUCUCAGCUCAAGACAAGCUUGUCUCCACCUUCAAUCAGGCACUCUCAGAGCCAUGCGAACGGGCCAUAAAAAACUCACAGAUCAUAGGAAUAGCAUUCGGCCUAUCUAAUGGAGCUAUGUAUUUGGCAUACACAUUAACCCUCUGGUUUGGAUCUUACCUCGUUGAAAAACACCAGGCAAAAUUUGGUGAUGUAUUCAAAAUCUUCCUGAUUGUGGUUCUUAGCUCCUUCUCGUUAGGGCAACUGGCUGGCCUGGCUCCUGAUACAUCCAAGGCAGCUGUAUCUAUACCAUCAGUAUUCCAUAUUAUUGACAGGAAGCCAACAAUUGAAACAGACAGGCGUAAGGGAAGGAAGUUGCAGAAAAUCAAUGGAGAAAUAGAAGUCAAGAAUAUUUCCUUCGCAUAUCCUUCUCGUCCUGAUACAAUAAUACUCAGAAAUUUUAACCUGAGAAUGAAAGCAGGCGCCAUGACAGCCAUUGUAGGGGGCAGUGGAGGUGGAAAGUCCACUAUCUUGUGGCUUAUUCAAAGGUUUUAUGAUCCCAAUCAGGGGAAGGUUUUACUGGAUGGCACUGACAUUAAGGAUCUUGAUCUCAAGUGGCUUCGAAAGCAAAUGGCCUUGGUUAACCAAGAACCUGCACUCUUUGCAGGUUCUAUCAGAGAAAACAUAGCAUUUGGGAGCCCCAGUGCUACAAGGGCUGAGAUAGAAGAAGCUGCUGGUUCUGCAUAUAUUCAUAAGUUCAUCAGCAGUCUACCUCAGGGCUACGACACACAGGUAGGGGAGAGUGGAGUGCAAUUGUCGGGAGGCCAAAAGCAGAGAAUUGCCAUAGCAAGAGCAAUUGUUAAGCGUUCCAAAAUUCUAUUGCUGGAUGAAGCUAGCAGUGCACUGGAUGCGGAGUCUGAGAUGAAUGUUCAAGAGGCUCUAAAUAAGAUUAGAAGUGGAAAGCAGAUAACUGCCGUGAUUGUAGCACAUAGGCUCUCCACCAUUAGAGAGGCUCAGCGAAUAGCAGUUGUUGAGGGAGGGAGUGUUGUGGAAUUGGGCAAUCACACAAAGCUCUUAGCGACAAAGCCUGAUGGGAUUUAUGCCAACAUGGUUAAGACUGAGAUGGAGGCACAUGCACUUUCAUAAUGCUGAAUUUGUGAAUAAAAUUUAUUGUAGGAAAAAAACAAGGCAUUCCUAAGCAAGUGUAUUUUGUAUAAAAAUCCAUAUUGAAUAAUAUGAAAUUACCAUUCUUUCUAUUUCUUC